AGAACAAAGAAAAUCAACCACUGGCCCGCACUGAACAGUGCUCCAACAAGCCCUUUCCCCUAACUCCAUUUCAGGUCAAAACCCACCCUAUAACAGUGGAUCACUGUCGUAAUGGCAGCAGCAAACCCCCUCCACCGCCAACCAGAACUGACGAAGCUCAGCGAGACGAUAGCCCGCUACCGCCCUUCAAAGGCAUUCUCCAACUUCGCCCAAGGAGCAGAGGUGACCUCCUUGGACUUUGACGACACUGGCGAGUUCUGCAUAGCUACGGGAGAUGACGAAACGCUGCAACUGUACGACUGUAAACUCGGGAAGCAUAGCAAGACGCUGUACUCGAAGAAGUAUGGGUGUCAUCUUGCGCGGUUCACGCACUUGCAGAGCAAUGUGAUUUACGCUUCCACCAAGGAAAAUGGUAUGGAAUACUUACCGCUACUGCCCACUACUCCCAGGGUAUGUAAGGUAAUGUCUAUGGCAAUAACUAACCCUCCUGCCUCCUACAGACACAAUCCGCUACCUCUCCCUCCACGACAACAGUUACAUCCGGUACUUCAAGGGGCACAAGCGGCCCGUAACCUCCCUGGAGGUUUCCCCCGUCGACGAUCAGUUCAUAUCCUGCAGCAACGAUGACACCGUCCGAGUCUGGGACCUGCGCUCACACAAUUGCGCGGGCCUGCUAAACAUAACCGCCCCCUCCCUCGCCGCCUUCGACCCGUCAGGCAUCAUCUUCGCUGUAGCCGCGCAAUCCACCGGCUCGAUCCUCCUCUACGACCUCCGCAACUACGACAAGCAGCCUUUCACCACAUUCUCUCUCGCCGACAACACCUUCCUGUCGCAGUACUCCUACCCGCCCCGCAUGCCCGCCUGGAGCAAGCUCGAGUUUAGCAACGACGGGAAACAUAUGCUCGUCGGAACGCGCGGCCACGCUCACUACGUUGUCGAUUCGUUCGCUGGGGACACGGCGCAGUUCGUGUACAGGGCGAAGCGACCCAACGGGCCGACGAGCCCAAAGAAGCUCGAGACUUCGGGGGAUGUAUGCUUCACCCCGGACGCCAGGUACCUCGUUGGUGGCCAGGGCGAACGCGGAGUCGUCGUUUGGGACUCGUGGAUGUCGGCGGACGAGAAGAAGACUUUAAAGCCAUUUAUCGAGCUCGCGGAGAACACGAAGAGCAUGGCGUCGGUUGUCUCGUUCAACCCGAAAAUGAACCUUUUCGCAACGGCGCAUAAGGAUGUGGUAUGUUAUUAUCUCUAAUUCCCAUGAUUACGCUCCCCCCCCGCCCCCUCACUCUGGGAAUUGAGAUUGAACGCGUGCACUGUUUUACACACAUCUACAAAAACCGUGGUCCCCCGGUUUUUUAUAUUGACCCCCCCUAGCUGACUCCUACCCUCAUGGUAGACAUUCUGGCUACCAGAGCAACAUGCCCCUGACGCACCAUCUCCAAGCGCAGUGACAACUUCUGCUCGAUAGAUCAAGCCACUCUUUUUCUCUCUCCCGGUUUCCUUUCAUUCUGUUUCCUCCGAGUUAGCGGUAGUCAGCCUACUUUUUCACGAGUCCUGUGCUUGACUCUCCGGACUUUGAGCAUGAAGCAGUGAGAUUUGGAUUUGGCAAAAUCAGGUUCAGCUUCUCCGAGGGAGUUCUUCCCUUCCUUUCAUCCCAUCCCUACCUUCCUUCUUACUGAGUUGGAUUGGAUUGAGUGGGCAUUGUACUGCAGCAUAGAAUUAUUAUUUUUUUGUUUUUCCUCAAUUGCUUAUGAGCGGGAGGAAGGAGGGAGGUAGGGAAAGAAGGAAGGUGGCUAGGGAAAGCGGCGGGGCACGUACGGGGGUCUGUGCCACCAAAAAGUACAGUGCAAUACCAGUAGACUAACAUAACGGUAGCACCGUGCGAGUACAGUACAGUACUCGACGAUUUUUUAAGUCACCGGAAUGUAAGUUAUGGCUCCCAUAGUGUGAGUUAUGUAUGUGUCACAUACAGGGGUUUUCCAAAACUUCUAGAGUAUAAAAAUAUCAAACGGAUGACAGGACAAGAGUGGUGAUGAAAGGAAAUCAAGAAGAAAAGUAAGAAUAGAGAGGAAAGCCAGAGGAGAAAUGCGAAAGCUUGAAAUGUAGAAAAGAAAAAAAAAAAAAAAAGAAAGAAGAGAGAGAGAGUGUGUGUGUGCAAGCUCAAGCAUGAAGGUUAUUUCUUCCUUUAAUACUAAUACAUUUACUAAGAAUACUAGGUAACUUAGCUAUCUCUUUAUUAAUAUCAUCAAUAGUGAUUUCGUCCCAUUCCUCAUGUAAGACAAUCUUAAUAUGCUGCUAAGUUGUAAUAUAUUCACAGCCUUGGUGAGUCUGAAUUUGGCUUUUCAUCAUAGUCCA